AAUUUAUAAAUGAACUUAUUCUACCCUACUUCGACUAUCAAGCAGAACUAGUAUGAAUCGUCAACACUCGAUACUGAUACAAGCGAUAAUGAGAAUAACAAUUUUGAAAUAGAGUAAAACAUUUGUUUAAAAAAUAUCAGUGUCAAACCCCUAAAAAAGCACUUCGAAACCAUACAAGAAAAAUAAUAAUAUAUAGAAGAGUACACGAAAAAGAAAAAAACUGAACUCUGCAAGAAUUUUGUGAUGACAGGGAAAUGCAAAUAUGGGGAUAAAGUAUUUCUUUUAUUAAAUUUAAAGUGCUCUUUCGCCCAUGGAUAAACUGAAUUACAGCCUAAGACCCACUUACAUUCCAAAUAUAAAACCAAACCGUGCAAGAGAUUCUUCUAAUAGGGGUAUUGUCCUUAUGGGAUAAGAUGUCAAUAUAUUCAUGAUGAGUUAAUAAAUGAAACUGAAUUUGAUGGAUUCUUGUAAAGCUCUUAUAAAGAACUUGGCAUGAAAGCUCCAAUUUCAUCAAGUAUUAAUUUAAACAAAAUUUAGAAUUAUUAAAAACUGAUGUAAGAAACGACAUUUAAAGAUUUAUCCUUACCAUGAAUAACAAACACAUAGAUCAAGAAUUAUUUAUAUAUCCUAAAUCUAGAUUGUCCUUUUUUAAACAAAUCACAAAUCCCUAUUAUAAUAUUUUGUCAGAUGAUUCUCAAAAAAGCAAUGCUUGA